AGCGCUGUUUCUCGGCAAAGGUCGGCAGUGCCACUUUUCCUCAUGGGGCAAUCUCGCUGUGGGAUCGCGCAUUCUUGCAGAGGACACUGGAGCAUCACCCUGGCUUCUCUAUAAGUGAAGACUGGUUCCUGGGUGACUCAUGCCGCAGAUUAGGUGGCCGGAUCAAAAUGUGUAGUGCGGUGUUCGUGGAAACGAGUACACCAUCCAAUUUACUAUAUAGAGAGAAGAACAAGGAGAGAGGAGGGUUUGGUGAGAUGACCGUGUUUCGGCAGCGCUUUACACGGUGGAAUUUCUUUACCACGACUGGGGUGUGGCACAAUGUCGCGUAUAUCUUCGGGUCCUGGAAAUUAGGGAGAUGGGAAGUUGGAACGAAAAUCUUUGUUUGUUCAGACUCACAGGUCUACGAGACGAUUCUAUACCUAUUGACCCCGUUCAUCCUACCCGUCUCGCUCAUCGUGCAGCCCUGGUUCUGCGUUGCUAUGUCGUUCGCGAUACUGGGGCUAUACCUACUUCAGGUCAUGAUUUUCAACGAGAUUCACCUGAGAUUCAAGAAAGAGCGUGUGAGUACCUGGACAAUUGUCGGAUACUAUAUGCCAUACAAGAUCAUUAUAAGCUUUAUCAAUGUUGGGAGUUGCUAUUGGGCGUUGUUCAAAUAUGGUCGAUAUUUUGCGCAGCGGCAUCCCAAGCUCACUGAAGACCAUAAGGCUGUAGGCUUAGUUUUGACUUUGCAACAGGCGAUACGGACCGGUCAAGGGGUGGCGAGGAAUCUUAGUAGAAGAUAUCAGAGUCGGAGAAGCGGGCAUACAAGUGUACCAGGAGGGUGA